AUGGCCAGCGAUCGACUCGGUAUGCGCAGAGACCUUGGCCAUCAAUGCCAUGAGCUAACUCCAUCAAUUCCAACGAAUGAGCACUUUGCAGGCAUUUUCGAGCGAACACCUGCUCACCUACUCCAUGAAGUGAUUUUGUAUGAGGAUGCCAGCGAAGAAGAACACAAACUCUCCGACUACCUCAAAACCUUUGCCAUUACGAGUGGAUGGAAUGAUAAAAUAAGAGUGGAAAGGAGCGAGGAGCGCCAAGGUCUCAUCAGGGCUAAGACCCUUGCGUCCCGCCUUGCCACAGGUGAAGUGAUCGUUUUUCUGGAUAGCCACUGUGAAGUCACAGAACGUUGGUUGGAACCACUGCUGGCUGCGAUCGCGGAGAAACCACAAAAGCGUCGUGUUGCCGAUUGUCGACCUCAUUCAUCCGCUGACGUUCGACUACUCGAAAGCGAUGAUCUCCAAGAGUGGUUUCGAUUGGUCGCUGAACUUCAAAUGGGGGGGGGGGGGGGGGGGACAUGGAUGUGCGGCGGUGCGGUAGUGGUUGGCGCCAAUGCAGCCGAUGUUGGGGCACGUUGUUGCCGAACUAUGCGGCCUUACAAAGUAAGACAACUCAGGACACCAAACCUGCUACAAUUCCACUGCGAGUGGCUGACGACUAUGGCCUACGAAAACAAUACUUUAUGCGCAGCUCGCCCCUCGGCAGCAAAAAUGGAUUUUGGAGAUGUGAGCCUCGGGCUUGAGCUGAAGAAGCGUCUUGACUGUAAGGACAUGGAUUGGUAUUUGGAUAAUGUGUAUCCAGAAUUAAAACCGUCGGAAGAACAGGAGAAACACGAAGAGUUAUGA